AUGUGGUCGAUCGCAGCGACGACAGCGCUCAUAGCGCUUCUAUGGCAAGCUGAGGUUGUUACUUUUGGUUAUGGGGGCAGCCUAGAGCCGCGAGAGUUCUUUUACGUUGGGGGCGAGUAUGCAAACCUCACACUUGGAACCUCUACUGCGGAGUACAUGGUUAACCAGAUCUACGUCGAAAAACUUAUUCCGGCAAAAAUUACCCAAAGAUACCCGAUUCUUUUCAUCCACGGAGGCGGACAAACUGCGACGAACUUCCUCGAAACGCCUGAUGGUCGUCCAGGAUGGGCAUCUUUCUUCCUAUCGCAUGGUUACACUGUGUAUCUCAGUGAUCAGCCAUCACGUGGUCGAUCCCCAUGGUUUCCUACAAUGGGAACGAUGUUUGUAGUAAAUACGGCUCAAGUGGAACAGCUCUUUACAGCAACCUCGUCACAUGAUCUCUGGCCCCAAUCAAAACUUCACACCCAGUGGCCCGGUACCGGCAAGGUGGGCGAUCCAGUCUUUGACGCCUUCUACGCAACCCAAGUGCAACUACAAGUCGAGAAUAGGUUGUCCGAAGCCCAGAACGGGAAGGCGUAUACGGCGCUUCUGGAUAAGAUUGGGGCAGCGCAUAUCAUCACUCACAGUCAAGCAGGAGCGUACGGCUGGCGCGUCGCAGAUCUGAGACCUCAUCUUGUCAAGAGCAUUGUUGCGCUCGAGCCUUCUGGUCCACCAUUCGUUGGUAAAAUCUAUUCGACUGGGCCUGCACGACCCUGGGGUAUCACAGAUCUCGAAAUCUCUUAUGAUCCACCUGCAGGCCCGAACGCAACUCAUAUCCAGACUGUGGUUGUUCCAGGAAAGGAUGUGAAUCAUAGCGAAUGCAUCAUGCAGGAUGAGCCUGCAAAGAAGCUGGUGAAUCUAGCGCAGAUCCCUGUAUUAGCAGUCACGUCGGAAGCGAGCUAUCAUGCGCACUAUGACUAUUGUACUGUAGGUUAUAUGAGACAGGCUGGUGUUGAUGUGGAGCAUGUUGAGCUGGCCAAAGAGGGUAUCCAAGGAAAUGGGCAUAUGUUCUUCAUGGAGAAGAACAAUCUCGAUAUUGCCAAAAGAGUCUUGACCUGGAUGAAGAAGCACUGA